UGUCUUCAGUUCAACACCAUUUGACAAUGAAAUAAAACUUUGAUGACAUUUGUUACUUGACUAGAAUCAACAAUAAAUUAAAUGUGAUAUCAAAAACCUAAAAUGUGACCGUUGGAUCCACAAACUUAUGUCGACAUUGAAUUUUAUCUGAUAAAUGCUCGACUGAUAGGCGUCAGGAGUGGCUUGAUAAGUCAUUGAGGCCUCUACCAAGACUUUUCGUGUAGUUUCCAAAGAAGAAAAUCGAAAAUAUACUUACGACUUUUUAUUUCUUUAUACAGUCAACAAUGUCAGCCUCGUCAUUGGAAAUCUUUGGCGAUGGUUCUGGCAGUAUUGACAUGGAUUCCAAUGGCCAAAAGAAACUUAUUCCAAGGAAAAAACAAGACAAGUGUAGUUCCACAUACAUUCCUCAUAAUCGUCUCUCUAGGUAUACGGCAGCUCUUGCUAACUUAGUACCUGUACGGUUUGGAAAAGUUCCUGGUUCAGAACUCCCUUUGGAUAAAAUAGGACUUUUCUCCAGUGUUUCUUUCAGUUGGCUCAAUGAAUAUAUUUCAGCUGGAUAUAAAAAAGUAUUGAGCGAUAAGCCAUUACCCACUAUUGCUAUUCAGGACUCUUGUCAAAUAAAUGGAGCAAGACUAGAUGCAUUAUGGCAUACCCAUAUUGUCGAAAGGGGUCAAGCAGGUGCUUCAGUCCCAAAAAUUGCAUGGCAUUUUGUUCGAACCAGAGUUCUUAUCAGUUCUGCAAUUUACUUUAUAGGAAUGCUCAUUGCACUUUGUAGUCCAAUUUUAGUAUUACACAAAAUUAUUACAGCUACUGAAGAUCGAAUAAAAAUGCUUGCUGAACAUAGUAACAUCAGUAUAGAUACAAACAAACUGAUUUCAUUAAAUGCAUCCAAUUUUACAGUCAACAACAGUAGUAAUUCUCCUGGAAACAGUACUGAUAAUUUCCAGCACUUAUUGCUAAUGGAUGAGAUCAUUAUUUUCACCAAUAUUGGUAUUCUAGUCAUUGCUGAAAUUACUUCUCAUUUUCUGACUUCCUGGAGUGCUUCGAUGAAUCUUAGAACUGCAACAAGACUCAAAUCUGCUUGUUUGGCAUUGGCUUACAAAAAACUUCUUCGAUCUUCAAUACGAUUUAAAGCUCCAGUAUACCAAACUCUAACUUACUAUGUUCCCGAUAGUAAGACAUUAUACGAAUUUAUCACAAAUGGGCCUCUGAUAUUUUCUGGACCCAUUGUUUUACUUUUAUCUUCACUAUUCAUCUGGUACUCGAUGGGACAUUGGGCUUUAAUAGGAGUAAUUGUUAUGAUAACAUUAUAUCUUGGCUUUAUUCUUAAUGCUUACCUGACAAACAAGUUUGCUACGAGCGCGAUGCAUUACUCUUUGAAAAGACUGUCUUUAUUAGAAGAGUUCAUUGGUAAAAUUCACUUGGCCAAAAUAACACAGAGAGACAGAUGUUUUAUAUCAAGAAUCCAUUCAAUUCGAAAAAAUGAAAUAAGGGAAAUUAAAUUUGGAGCAAUUAGUGAAGGGUGUAGUCUUUUCAUGGUUCAUGUUAUUCCAAUAGUCUCUGUAAGUGCCAUGACGAUGGCUUAUCUUCUUACUCAUGAAUUCAUUGAUUCAGCAAACUACAUUCCAUGCUUCGUAUUAAUCUUCCUCCACCUGAAACAUUGUAUACGAAGUAGUUGGCUUGCAAUGUGUAGUAUUUCACAUGGAGUAGCAUCAUUGAAUAAACUGAAGAGCGUUCUUAUUCUAAAAGAUGCCGACCGUUUUACUGAUAAACCGAUUGAUAAAAAUUUUGCUAUUACAAUUAAUUGUGGACAUUUUUCUUGGGAUUGUGAUCAAUCAUCUCUUGAAAAAUCAAUCAGACAUACUUCUUAUAGUUUUGUUUCAGAUAAUGACAACUUAUCAUGUCUAGACAAUCAAGUAACAAAUACUUCAUCAGAGUUGAUUGAUAUAAAUUUUUAUGUGUCUAAAGGACGUUUAGUAGGAAUAUGUGGAGCAUCAGGAAGUGGAAAAACAUCACUUCUGUUAUCAAUUAUGGGCCAAUUAAAUCGAGUAAAUGGUCAAGUAACAAUUGAUGGUACCUUAUCUUAUGUAUCUGAAGCUUUUUGUCUACUAGAAGGGACUUUUAAAGAAAAUAUUGUUAUGGAAGAACCCUUUGAUUCUACUUUAUACUAUAAAACUAUCCAAGCAUGUAAUUUAAAUACGGAUAUAAGCUUACUUCCUGGUUCUGAUGAUACUGAUAUUAGCACCGUUGACUUAUCGGCAAGUCAAAAACAAAAAAUCGCAUUUGCACGAGCGGUAUAUACUAAUAAAGAUAUUAUUCUGCUGGAUAAUCCAUUAAAGGAUGUGGACUUGAAUGAAAGCUUAGAGAUUUUUGAAAAGUCUCUGAAAAUUUUAGGAAAUAAGACUAUUAUCAUGAUAUCUGAUAAGAUACAAUUUUUGACUAAAUGUGAUGUUGUUUAUAUGAUGAAACAAGGCAAAAUCGUUGAUCAAGGAAAACAUGAUGACCUUCGUCAAUGGAAUAAAGAGUAUGAAGAUUUAGUAAAUUCAUUUGAAAAGAAGUACCAAGAAAUCCCGAAAACACCGGUAAAGAAUAUCAUCAGAAUGAAGAGUUUUAUAAAUUCAGGAGCGUCAACACAUAAUUUAGGAUCAAUCAGUCAUGUAGAUAAAGACCCAGAGAACUCUGUUGGCACUAGCAUGUAUUGGGGAAUUGCUCCAAGAAUUGAUUGCCGUCCUUAUAAAAAUGAUAAGGGAAAGUGUUUAAGUGAAUUCGUUUGUGGAUUAUCCUUAUUUUAUUCAAUUCCUAUUGCUGCUGCGCCGCUAAUAUUUUUUUACAUUGCACAGAAAACUUUAACAACUACGACUUAUAUUGCAAUAAUUUUGGCAUCAUUAGCAGUAUUUAUUGUCGUUUGUGGAUUAUUUCUCAUUAUUAUGUACAAUAAGGAUGUUUUUAACGCUGCAAAAACGAUGCAUGAUAGAUGGCUCCAAAGCAUUUAUCGAGCACAUAUAUCAGUGUUUUCUGCUAUCUCCUCAUCUGCUAUAAUAAAUAUUUGCACUCAUGAUAUGCAAGAAGUCGAUUACGCAUUGCCUAAGCUGAAAAUAACUGCCUUGAUGCACAUAGGGAUUAGCAUCAUUAGUGCAGUAAUCCUCACUAUAGUUUGCCCAUGGUUAUUGAUCCCAAUUUUAUUAUUUAUCGCUGGAAUAAUCGGUUAUAAAAUUUAUGUACGACAAAUAAUUUUAACACUGGAUGAAUUAAAAAUAGAAUCCAUCACUCCAAUUUACAGUCACAUGGUUAAUACUGUAAAUGAAAGGAUAAUAAUUCAAGCUUAUAGAAAAGACAGAGAGUUUGCUAGAAAAUUUUAUAAAUACUGUAAUAUCAAUGCUGCUUAUAAUUUCAUGCUGGAAGCAACAAAAUUAUGGUUUGAAUAUCGAGUUAAAAUAUUCUCAGUAUUUACUUUAAUGGCAGUUAUGGUGAUUUGUGCAGCGUUGAGUAGUUUUAAAGAUCGUUAUGAAGUUCUUGGGUUGGCAUUUAUUUGUACUCUUCAAUUAACUCAGAGUAUUGUUCAUCUAAGCAGGGCAAUUAUCGAUGCUUAUGGUAGUCUUAUGUCAAUUGGAUUUGUUGAAAAUUAUAUCCAGAAUAUUCCACAAGAAAAAAAAGAUUCAGAUGAUCAAAGACGAGAUUGGCCUUCUGCACCAAACAUUCAUUUCCAGAAUGUUCUUUUAACAAGUAGCUCUACCGACUAUGAACCUCUAAACUUUUCUAUCUAUGCUGGCGAUAAAGUUGAAAUUCAUACAAAUGAUCGUAUCAUGAAAAGAGAUGUAGUCAAUGCUUUACUGAAAUUUGAAGAAGUAUUUUCUGGAAACAUUUUAGUUGGCAAUGUAAACAUUAAUGAUAUACACAUUGAUAAAUUGAGAAGAUACGUUAACUAUAUUCCGGGAACGCCAGUUCUUUUUGAUGGCACAAUUAGAUAUAAUCUAGAGAUAACUGUACGUAAAUCUAAUGAGGAAAUAAUGGCAGCUUUACAGCAAGUAUUACUCUGGGAAAAAAUUUCUAAGCUCAAAUACAAACUAGAUAAUGAUGCAAAUAAUAUCUUUAGCAGAGUAGAAAAGAAACUCUUAUUUUUAGCUCGAAUUUACCUUAAUUCACCUUUUCCAAAUCGCUCUAUAAUAAUAAUUGAAGAUUUAGAACCAGAUCCAUCAUUAAUUGAAAACAUUUUACAAGAUGUAUUUAAAGAGUUUACAAUAAUUGUUAUGUCUAAUAAAUCACAUUCUAGCUCUCGUAGAGUUAUCGAACUACAGAGUCAAAAGUAAUUUAGAAAAUAAUAAACUAAAUAAUAUGAUCAUUGAAAGUUGUAAUAAAUCUACAUAUAUAUUUAUAGGGAAUUAACAUAUCAAAAAUAUCACAUUCAUCGGAAACGAGUGAUGAUGAUUUAUUGAUCUAGUUAAUAAAAAAAUAUAGUUUGUGAUAAUUUAUCUA